AUGAACGCCUUCCGUAAAGCCCUCUCCGUCCAUUUUCGCGACAGCGCCACAAGCAUCUACAGUCGGCCUGCUGACCCUGCACAAGAUACCGAGCUCAUCGCAAUGACCGCUGUUGCUCCGCCACUUCAAACCGCCUUCCCGGAAAUCAACUCACUCGAUCACCAGAUUGCCAUGGCGGGAGGGUCUACGAUGGCUGUGGAAACGACGCGACCCCGACUCAGGAUGUCAAAAAGAUGUCCCAAGACCACGCCUCAGGCACUCAAACAGCAGUGGCUGCAACAGCGAAAAUAG